GUGGAGAUGACAUUUAUUACGAGAGUCAAUUAUAUAUUUUAAUAUUUAUAACUCUCAUUAAGAUUUUCUUUGCCACCACCCCACCACUCCAUACUUCUCUCAUCUUCUGCUUUUUUCUCCUUCUCCCACACACCUUUUUGCUCCCCAACUCCUACGUGUUUCCUCUCUCUUCUCUCUCUCUCUCUCUCUCUCUAUCUGUAUCUCUGCAAACUGACGCCAUGACUGAGGAUGAGUGGGUGAAGGCGGCGAUGCUCGACGAUUCCAUGGUGGUUGAGCUGCUGUUGGGGCUCAACCACCCCUCCGCCAGGCCCAACCCGGCGGCGGCUUUUCCGCUCGACUGGAGCGUGCGUCAGCGCCGUUCCAAGCCGGUAACCGUCAGGCCGAAGAAGGCGGCCACGAGGGAUAGCCCUACCACGCCGCUGUCCUGGAGCGGCGCCACCUCCGUCAGCUGCGGCGGCGCUGUUGACGGUGGUCCUGAGGAGUCCAGCUAUCCUAAUCCGCCGCCGCCGUCGUCAAAGGCAUCUGGCAAGGCGAGAUCUAAGCUAAAUGAGACAAAGGAAAAAAGCACUACCAAGAGGUCAAGAAGGAAAAAGACAUUGGCUGAACUCAAAGAAGAUGAGGCUAUGCUACUAAGGGAAAGAAGGCUGCUAAAGAAGGAACUAGCAAUGUUACGUGCCAAUUUGGAUAAACAAAGGGCCACUAACGAAAAUCUGAAGAGAAUGAAGCUUGAUUUGCAAUCUCAGCCGGGAAGCGAAAGAGAUCUCGAGAUCGGGAUUGCCCUUCCGGAUCUAAAUCUUCCACUCGAGGCGGAAGGGGUGAAUGAGGUUGAGUGUGGAACGAGUUAGAAUUAAGUCCCAGCAGCAUUUAUAGCCUAAUAAGCUCUAAUUUUUGUUGUUGCAACUUGUAAUUAAAUACCUGUCCUGACCACUUUCCAGUUUCCACUCAAAACAACAUGGUUAGUGAAGAAGGUAGUGAGGGUAGAGUUAGGAUCAUGAAGGAAUUAUAGUGAUGAUGAUAGGUUAGAGAUCCUAGCUGCUUAUUAGAUGCAGUCACAUUCUUUUAUCAACAGGUUUCUGCAAUGUCCAAUUCUUUGGGGCAAACCCUCAUUGCUUCUAUUACUUUUUUUUUUUUUGACAAAAUUUUCACAGAUGGGAUGUAAUGUUUAUAUAGGAAAUGAGAUUGGUUUGGACCUUUUGGUAUAUUUUUGAGAAAAUAUUUUGAUCAUCUUCCUUCUUUA